AUGGAUCCCCAGCUUGAAGAGUGCGUUAAGAUCGUCAACACAUUAGUGGGGAUUGAUGAUACCCAUUAUGCUAAAAUCAUAAGGAUGUUUGGUGAGGACAAGGUGUGGAGGGACAUAUUUCUUCGCAUUCCUGAUGAGAGGAAGGUUGGGAUAGUACCUAUGGAUAUAAGGACAAUAUUAACCAUUUAUGAUGAUGAUAAUGAGGAGGAAAUUCUUGUAUUGAUCGCAGCCGUAUAUGAGUACUAUUAUAAACAUUUUGAUAAGCAACGUUGUAGGGAUUCCAUGUUGCAAGGGGAAGAUUACAUAUUCGAGCUCUUAAAUGGACAUGAAGAUAGGUGUUAUGAAAAUUUUCGAAUGUACCCAAACACCUUUAGGGCAUUGUGUCGUGAGUUGAAAUUGUUAGGAUUGAAAGACUCAACAUUUCUAACGGUAAAAGAACAAGUUGCAAUUUUCCUAGUUACUGUGUCUCACAAUGAAAGGAAUCGCGUCGUUGCUGAAAUAUUCCAACACUCUACAUCCACAAUUUCAUAUCACUUUCAUACUGUAUUACAGUUAAUUUGUGAGUUUGGGACUAAGAUUAUUAUUCCCCCAGAUUUGAAUGAAAUUCCUAAAGAGAUAAAGAACAAUCCAAAGUCUUACCCAUACUUCAAGAAUUGUGUAGGAGCCAUAGAUGGUACUCAUAUCCAUGCUGUAGUGCCAGUUGACUAA